AUGGCACCCCCAACAGGCGCAAAUGCACUCUCUUCGUUGCUGCUGCUGCUGCUGACCAUGGCAGGAUGUGCCUGUCAGCAGUGCGGUGAGGGGAGGACGUACUCCAACGCCAUCAUUUCCCCUAACCUGGAAAGCAUCAGGAUCAUGCGCGUGCCUCAGACGUUCGCUGUGCAGGACUGCACUGCCGCUUGCUGUGACCUCUCCAGCUGUGACCUGGCCUGGUGGUUCGAAGGCAGGUGCUUCCUGGUCAGCUGCCUGCUCCAAGAGAACUGUGAGCCCAAGAAGAUGGGCUCCAUCAGGUCCCACCUCACAUUCGUGCUCAGGCCUGUGCAGAGGCCGGCACAGCUGCUGGACUAUGGAGAGAUGAUGCUGAACAGGGGCUCCCCCUCGGGGCUCUGGGGUGACCCACCUGAGGAUAUUAGAAAGGACUUGCCCUUUCUAGGCAAAGACCAGGGGAGCCUGGAAGACCUGUCUGAGUACCCAGAUGAUUACAGGGAGCUGGAGCAAGACCUCCUGCCGCCUGUCAGCAAGGAGGAGCCCAGCAGCAAGGAGGAGCCCCGAGAGAGGGCUGACGACACCGACUGGGACCUGCUGCCCAACAGCGACCAGGAGUUCAACUCCACGAUGGGAGACAGUCCAGUGCCAGGGGAGGAACAGCCAGACCCUGAGCUCCAUGACCAGGACCUGGCCCAUCAGCAACCCAGUGAGUUGGCCUGGACCUCUGCCCCGACACACACUCCUGAAACAAAUCCAUUUCCAUCAGUAACAACUCCAUCUGCCCGAGAGAUAUUAGAGAAGGAGGAGGCAUUUCAGCUCCAGGAACAGUCCAGCAUUAGCCCUGGAAGAGAGGUGCUAGUGCCUUCCCAUGGGCCUCCAGCCAGCCUGGAGCCCAGCUCAGCCUCGAUGGAAGAAAGACCUGUUCUCACCAUCAUCCCUCGGAGCACGGUGCCCAGCACCCCAGCGCUCCCCACCAGCGCAAUCCCUUCUGGCUCUGCCCUGCCUGAGCAGCCCACAUCUCUUACCGUCACUCCCAAGACAGUGAAGGAGCUCACAGUGUCUGCUGGAGAGAACCAGGUGGUGACUUUACCCAACAAUGAAGUUGAACUGAAAGCCUUUGUUGUGCCCACGCCCCCUGCAGAAAAGACCUACAACUAUGAAUGGAGUCUCAUUAGCCGCCCUGCAGACUACCAAGGGGAGAUAAAACAAAGACACUUGCAAACCCUUCAUCUCUCUCACUUGUCAGUGGGAUUUUAUGCCUUCAGAGUGGCUGUUUCUAGUGAAAAUGCCUUUGGAGAAGGAUUUGUCAAUGUCACCGUUAGGCCAGCCAAAAGAGUCAACUUACCUCCUGUGGCAGUUGUCUUGCCCCAAAUGCAAGAACUCACUCUGCCUGAGACAUCGGCCUACAUCGAUGGCAGCCAGAGCACAGAUGACAGGCAGAUCGUGAGUUACCACUGGGAAGAAGUGGCCGGGCCUUCCGGGGGAGAGAAGACCUCAGCGGACUCCCCAGUCCUGCGCUUGUCCCACCUUGUCCCUGGCAACUACACUUUCAGGUUGACUGUCACAGACUCGGAUGGAGCCACCAACUCCACAACAGCUGUCCUGAGAGUCAGCAAUGCCAUGGACAGGCCACCAGUGGCCAAUGCGGGCCCAAAUCAGACCGUAACUUUGCCCCAAAACUCCGUCAUUUUGAAUGGGAACUGGAGCACCGAUGAUCAUGAGAUUGUCUUCUAUGAGUGGUCCCUGGAUCCUGGGAGUGAGAACAAGGAGGUGGUCAUGCAGGGAGCGCAGACACCCUACCUUCACUUGUCUGCACUGCAGCAAGGAGAGUACACCUUUCAGCUGACGGUGACAGAUUCUUCAAGGCAGCAGUCCACUGCUGGGGUCACUGUGAUUGUGCAGCCUGAAAACAACAGGCCUCCAGUAGCUGUUGCAGGCCCCGAUAAGGAGCUGGUCUUUCCUGUGCAAAGUGCAGCCCUGGAUGGGAGUGGGAGCACCGAUGACCAUGGCAUUGUCUUCUACCGCUGGGAGCUGGUCAGAGGCCCCAGUGCGGUGCAGAUGGAAGAUGUGGACAAGGCAGUAGCCACUGUGACUGGCCUUCAGGUGGGUGCCUACUGCUUCCGCCUAACGGUGAGAGACCAGCAGGGACUGAGCAGCAUGUCCACCCUGACCGUGACCGUGAAGGUGAAGAAGGAAAAUAAUAGUCCUCCCAGAGCCCAGGCUGGUGGCAGACAUGUUCUUGUGCUUCCCAAUAACUCCAUUACUUUGGAUGGUUCAAGGUCUACCGAUGACCAAGGAAUUGUGUCCUAUCUGUGGAUCCGGGAUGGCCAGAGUCCAGCAGCUGGAGACGUCCUCGAUAGCUCUGACCACAGCGCGGCCCUGCAGCUCACCAAUCUGGUGGAGGGCAUUUAUACUUUCCACCUGCGAGUCACGGACACCCAGGGGGCCUCGGACACAGACACCGCCACUGUGGAGGUGCAGCCAGACCCACGGAGGGGUGGCUUGGUGGAGCUGAUCCUGCAGGUGGGCGCUGGGCAGCUGACGGAGCAGCAGAAGGGCAUGCUCGUGAGGCAGCUGGCCGCACUUCUGCGUGUGCUCGACUCUGACAUCAAGGUUCAGAAAAUCCAGGCCCACUCGGACGUCAGCACCAUGGUUGUGUUUUAUGUGCAGAGUGGACCGCCUUCCACAGUUCUUAAAGCUGCUGAAGUGGCCCGAAACCUGCACAUGCGACUUUCCAAGGAGAAGCCAGACUUCCUGCUUUUCAAGGUCUUGAGGAUUGACACUGCAGAUUGCCUCCUGGAGUGUUCCGGCCACGGUCGCUGUGACCCUAUCACAAAGCGCUGUGUUUGCUCACAGAUGUGGAUGGAGAACCUCAUCCAACGUUACAUCCGGGGCGGCGAGAGCAACUGUGAAUGGAGUGUAUUGUAUGUGACAAUUCUGGCCUUCAUGCUGACCGUGCUGGCAGGAGGCUUGAUGCGAGUUUGCAUCUGCUGCUGCAAGAGAAGGAAAAGGACGAAAAUAAGGAAAAAGACCAAGUACACCAUCCUGGAUAACAUGGAUGAGCAGGAAGGAGUGGAGCUGAGGCCCAAAUACGGGAUUAAGCACCGGAGCACAGAGCACAACUCUAGCCUGAUGGUGUCCGAGUCGGAGUUCGACAGCGACCAGGACACCAUCUUCAGCCGAGAGAGGAUGGAGAGAGGGAACCCCAAAGUCUCCAUGAACGGCUCCCUGAGAAAUGGGGCGUCCUUCAGUUACUGCGCCAAGGACAGGUAA